GGUUGUCAUUUUGUCACAAAACUACAUUAGUGUCAAAUGAGUUGAAUGAUUUGGGUUCUAACUUUCAUAGUUUCUAUAAAAAAAUAACAUUUCAGUUGUUGAUAAUGUAAAAAUUUUUACGUUAUAUUGUGGUUUAUGUGUACUGCUACAUCUUUUCCGGUUCACAAUGGCAGACAGCAGUGAUUCCGAGGAGUUCUACGAUGCUGAAGAGUUCACACCCAUUAAAGGUUCAAAAAGAUCUUCACUAUGUAAGAAUAUCAGUGUGUCGGAGAGUGGGGAUGCCCCUGACAAGGACAAGCCGUCGGUGGCUAAGACUGAGUCUGCACCCUCAGUGUCCACAGCAGGAACUUCCAGUACACAAGCCACAGAAGCUGCAGCCGUAGAGGAUGACAGAACUACCGUGAAAAGUGUGGUCCAAGGUAGAAGAAGGUUCCAGGAGUUGAGACGCUGCAUGCAAACAGAAGAGGAAGAUGAAGGAGUCAUCGAUGCCACUGGAUCCGUAGACCAGCAGACAUUCACUUCUGAACACCCAUUCAAGAUAAUUGCUCACGACACAAUGAGUCUGCAGAGUAUGACGUCACUCGGCAGGAUCGGCAGGAUACUCAGCGGCGCCUCGGAGUCUCACUCGAAUAUCCGUGAUACCGCGGCGGUACCAUCGGUGUCGUCGAGGGAGCCCUCCACUAUAUCCGACGAACAACUCGCGCCCGAUGCCAGAACUCAGAACGUGCUAGCGAUGGCCGAGCCGGACGUGAUCGCCAGCACGAAAGCGAAUAGUUUGAAGCACAGCCGUGGGGGCGGCGCCAUCGUCGCCGUCAGCGGGUCCUGCGCCCCGCCCGCCGGGCCCCAAGCGCCGCCGCGACGACGCAAGCGCAACAAGCUGCACGGUUCGCAGUCGCUGUCGACGACGGACGGCGACAACCUCAGCGUGUGCACGACGGACACGGACGAGUAUCGAUACAUCGCGCGGCGACCAGACAAACCGCAGCUCGAUUCUUUGAUCGUUGAGCCGCCACCUCCAAGUGCAGUAAACCAGUCUAUGGCGCUACCAAGCCCGGCGAGCACCAUAGAGUCUUUGACCAGAGAGUUUCAAGACUCGCUCGAACUGUCACAUUCUAAAUACGCGAGUGAUAGAGGUUCCUUGAGCUUGCACGAGUCGCGAACCAGCGAGCGAUCCGCCGAUCUCUCGAUACACGCCGCCACUGAAAACAAAUAUAAAGAGGAGUGCGUGUGCCGCGGCGACGAGCGCAGCGUGCGCACGCACAGCGAGGGCCGCUCCGCGCCCAGCCAGAGCCGCGCCGCCGCCGCGCGGCGCAGUAACUCGGAGUCGCUGGGCGGGCGGCGGCGGUCGCUGGGCGACGAGGCGGCGGCGCCGCUGCGGACGCGGACACGCUCGGGCCAGCAGCUCUCCGACAUCGAGAUACUCGAGCAGGUCACCGUGCUCAACCUCGACACCGGUGAGCGCGUGCCGCUGAGCGUGGCGGAGCACAAGCUGCCGCAGUGCAUCAACCCGCUCAGUCUGCACAUCAUGCGCCUCACCUCCGAGUACAUCGGCCGCGCCAACGACGACAAUACCAGACUUGACGGCAAAAGCAAGCUGUCAUGGCGUCGGCGUCUGUCCACUCUUAAUCUGACGUGGAUGUCAGAACACUCGUCUAAUCUCAGUCUAGCGACUAGGGAGACUGAUGAAGAGAGUGAGAGCGUCUGCGCGGGCGGCGCCGAGGACGAAGCUAAAGAGAUGAAGAGAGAGUCCACAGACAGACAGACUACUGGUAUUAAGAGGAAGACAGAAAAGUUAAAGCGUUUCUUCGGCAGUACAGUUAAGAAGACGGUUGAUGCUGCUAAAUCGUUAGCUCAGGAGGUGUCCCACGCUCGCCACAAAGAGGAUGUGGCUGACAUUGCUGAUGACGUCAGAGGAGAACAUAAUAUUAAACUUAAAGCAUCCAACUCUCAUAAAGGACCGUAUGACUUCGAUGGAUGUGUUCGACAUGUUCAAGAGAUGGGCUCAGCGCACUGCGGCGCGGUGUGGUGCUGCAAGUUCAGCGUGUGCGGGCGCCUGCUGGCCACCGCCGGACAGGACAAGCUGCUGCGGGUCUGGGUCACUCGCGACGCAUACCAUAUGUUCCAGGACAUGCGCACGAAGUACAACUUGGAGCAGAAGUCGUCCCCGACGCCGUCGCAGGAGUCGCUGUCGUCCCUGCCGGCCGCCCCCCCCGCCCCCGCGCCGCCCGCCGCGCCCUUCUGCGCCACGCCCUUCUGCGUCUACUCCGGACACUCCUCCGACCUGCUCGACGUCUCCUGGUCCAAGAACUACUUCAUCCUGUCCAGCUCCAUGGACAAGACGGUCCGCCUGUGGCACAUCUCGCGAGGGGAGUGCCUGUGCACCUUCCAGCACAUAGACUUUGUGACCGCCAUUGUGUUCCAUCCCAGAGACGAUCGGUAUUUCCUGUCCGGCAGUCUGGACGGAAAGCUGAGGCUCUGGAAUAUUCCUGAUAAGAAGGUCGCAGUAUGGAACGAAGUAGACGGCAAAACGAAGCUGAUAACAGCCGCGAAUUUCUGCCAAAACGGCAAAUUCGCCGUCGUAGGCACAUACGACGGUCGUUGCAUAUUCUACACCACCGACCAGCUCAAAUACCACACACAGAUCGACGUACGAUCGACGAGAGGGAAAAACUCCACGGGCCGAAAGAUAUCUGGUAUCGAACCGAUGCCGAACGACGACAAAAUCCUCGUCACUUCAAACGACAGCAGGAUUCGACUCUACGACCUUCGAGACUUAAACCUUUCUUGUAAAUACAAAGGUUAUGUGAACGUCUCCAGCCAAAUUAAAGCAUCAUUUUCUCACGACGGGAAGUACAUAGUUAGCGGGUCGGAAAACCAGUGCAUCUACAUUUGGAAGACUUACCACGAUUACUCGAAGUUUACGUCAGUGAGGAGGGAUAGGAACGACUUUUGGGAAGGGAUAAAGGCGCAUAAUGCUUUGGUCACUUGUGCCGUGUUUGCUCCCAACCCGGACCAUAUGAUCCGCAUGAUAUGCGAGCGGGAGGAAGAAGCUAAACUUGCGAAUAACGAUGCUGAUGAUAAGGAUGAAGUGAAAGGUGCAGAAGGCGGCAUGGUGGCAUCUUCUCAAACUGGUCACGUGCUUGUCAGCGCCGACUUCAACGGUUGCAUCAAAGUGUUCGUACACAAAGCCAAGCCCAAGCACAGCUCGCUCCCCGCCUCCGCCCUCGCCUGAGCUGCCACCGAGCCCCACGGGCCACCGGCACCUUACAGACGUAUAUCGCCGACUAUUCGUCAAAUACUUCCAGUAAUUGUUAUUUUCAUGUGCUUUUUACUAAAGAAAGUUGGUGCCAGAAUUUCAGCAUGUUGACUGAUAAGGUUAAUUUGCCUAAUUUUGUGGUCUUGUUUGCUGAAACCCUCUUGGUUACCCAACAUUUUAGGCUCCCCCAAAUGUGAUCUAGAUAGCCAGUUAUCAUAAAAAGAUUAAAAAUAUAUAUCACUCGGCAAAUUGCUUACGGAACACGUAUCGAUAGUUCCGCGAGUCCAACUCGCACUUGACCGAUUUUGUAUUAUAUGAAAAAAUCACAAUAGUCGUAUCGACUAUCGGUAAAACUUAUCUAUUUAUGGAAUUGAUAGACAAUAUAGUGUAUUAAAAAAUCAUUUAUUAGACAAUUAUCAUGAAAUGUAAGGCUUAGCUAAAAUCGUAUAGAAACCCACGUCGUGACGGUAGUUUAUCUGUACCACAAAGAUAUAACAAAGAGGAAACCUAAGGGCCCCGAAAAUACUGAAAAUACAUGUAUUUGAAAAAUUAAUUCAAUUGGAAAGCUACACUCGUCUAUAUGUAUUAGACAGACAUAUGUGAGAAGUAUAAAAUGGAAGCCUCGUCCAUCAUUAUAGCGUCCCUCUCUAUCUAUCUUUCUAUAUCUGUAGCGUAAAAAAAAUAUUUAAACGUUGAAAGCAUACUUUAAAAUUCACAGUUACUACGAGUGUUUCGUGAAACGAUUUCCUCAAAAUCUACUCAAAAGUUCAACUCUGUUGGUAACAGUUUAGCUAGGUAUUAGGAAUUAAAGCCAAAUUAUCAUUACGAAAUUUCUAGAAGUAAAGACAACGCUAGCAAACUUCAUGAAAUCAAACGAAAGAUAUGAAAUAUCAUUAUAUAAAAAAAAAAAAAUAAGAAUUUUAAAUGCAACUUGUAUUUUUUUUGAUUAUCACAAAAAUAGCAUUGUUUCGAAAUAUAAAUUAACUACUGAACGAAGGAAGUAUGUAAAUGCAUGAAAAAUAUCUUUAGUUCGAUAAAUAUUUGUGCAAUUUAUUUAAUACUUUAUUAUAUAGUCAUUAUGUCGUCAAUAAAUAUGGGUAUACAAUGGGUCGCUCGGUAUUAAAAAUGUCUUUAGUUUAAUAAGUAUGGUUGACUUAUAUUUUUGUGCAGGCUCCCAAUAUUACACAUCAUUGUAAAACUGUAACAGUAACUAGCAGCAUGAUAACUACUGAAAUAACGCAGCUUGCUCUACCAUAUUGUAUUCAUCAUCAUUAGUCAUCCAAAUGUCACCACCAGUUCGAUUAGAGUUAACGUGAUAUUAAAUUUAGUGAUUAUAAGUUACUAAGACUCAUCACAAUCUUAAUGCCGUUCUUAUAAUCUAUCUGUCUGUUCUAUCGCUCACUACAGAUAGGUAUUUGUUAUAACUUGUAUGGGUGGGAUAAUGUUAUAAUUUUAUCUCUAGUUAGCAAAUUAUUUGACCUAAUUUGAAUAUAAUUGUAGCAAUUAUAAAUAAUAAAAUACUUUGAUUUGAGAAAAAAGCAUAGAAGGUUAUCUACUGACUAACAAUAAUCGUGUAUAUUAUAAAGUCGUAUAUAGAGGCUUAAAAUCAUGAGUUUCAACAACUCCUAUUUAUUUGACUAUAAUUUAUAACAAAAAGCAAAACUCCUGCAAUAGACUUUUUAUCCGUCACAUCCUAUUUAAAAAUAUAUGAAGAAACUUGAUUGUAAAUUGAAUCUUAUCGUCAUUCAAUUAGGUUCAUUAUGCAAUAUUGUGUAUAAAACGUCAAACGUGUGCUUUUAAUUUUAUUUGUAAAUUUUAAGACUAAGUAUCCUCUUAAGUUCGUAUCUAUGACAUAAAUUGACUUCACUAAGCAGCUAAAAUUCGAGUCAAAUGUAGAACCGUUGCAAUAUUGUAGUGUAGAGGAAACAAAACUUAAGGUAUUGGUAAGCCAUUAAUUUUACUCUGCAUGAUUGGAUAUCUUGACUGCUCUGUUUUUGUGAAGUAGAUCCAAUGUGCAUGAACAACAUUUGACAGUCUAUUUUAUUAUUGUAUUAUCUCGCAGUGGAGACUUUUAUCAUUGUUUUCCUAUCCUGAUUUCUGGCCUACCUUAUAUCUCUGUUGCUUGUCUGAUCCUUCAUUCAUCACUAAUAGAUACUUACGCAAACCUAAGUUAUAUAUCUCUCUAUAUUUAAAUAUACUCAUAACAAAUAUUUAUUGUAUUGUACAUUUUAGGCUGUGUUUUCUUUUAUUUUAAAAGAAUAAACAAAAUUAUUAUCGUUUAGCUCUUGCCUUAUGUGAAUGAAGUUUUUUUAUGUAAUAAGUGUACAUUUAGUGUUUGUAUAAAGAUCAUGAUGCCAUCAUAAUUAAAUUGGAAUAUAUUUUUAAAUCGCAUUUACCUUCAUAAAUAAAUAAUCGUUACAUAA